AUGCGAGGGUUAUUAGCCUUAAAAAGGCAUCUUUACAUUUUUGCAAACCAAUCAUUUUCUAACCCCAAAAGAUUUUACAGCCUAAAGUUAAAUCUUAAGGAUGUCAUCACUGUAACUAAUGCUCUCAAUUUAGCUGAAACCACCCUAGGAUCACAUAAUCUUGGAACCCAGAUUCAUGGUUAUAUAGUUAAAGUUGGUUUAUCGAAUGAUAUAUACACUCCUAACAAUUUGAUGAAAAUGUAUAUAAAUUGUGGGGUUUUCAACAAUGCGCUCAAACUGUUUGAUGAAAUGCCUGACAGAAAUCUUGUUUCUUGGACUUUGAUUAUUUCCGGAGCGAAUAGAAAUGGUGAGUAUGGGACGGGUAUGGAGGCGUUUAUUGGUAUGAUGCGGACUGGGUAUUUACGGCCUAAUGAGUUUGCUUUAGGUAGUGUCAUGAAAGCAUGUGUUAGUAAGGGAGCUUUUGAGUUUGGUAUAUGUGUGCAUUGUUUUUCUGUUAAGAUUGGGAUGGAAAGUAAUGUGUUUGUGGGUAGUGCGAUUUUGAACAUGUACGCUAGAUAUGGAGAUAUUGAAGCGGCUGAACGAUUGUUUGAGAGAUUAAAUGGUUGUGAUGUUGGUUGUUGGAAUGCUAUGGUUGGAGCCUAUGCACAACGCGAAUAUGGUGUAGAAGCUAUUGUUGCGGUAUCAUCUAUGCACUCUAAAGGUGUACUAAUGGAUGAGUUCACUUACAUUCACACGCUUAAUGCAUGUUCAGUUACAAGUGAUUUUGAUUUUGGAAGCCAGAUACAAGGGCUAAUCGUCCGAAAUGGUUUUGAGUCGACGGUUACUAUAAUGAAUUCCUUGUUAGAUAUGUACUUCAAAAUAGGUGCUAAUGAUUAUGCUUGGAGGCAUUUCCAGACAAUGGGAUGUAAAGAUGUUGCAUCUUGGAACACCAUAUUAUCAGUCUCCUCAAGUGUAGAACAAGUUGUAACUUUAUUUACUAAUCUUAUGGUCUCGGGUCUAAGACCCAAUCACAUAACAUUCUCAAUCUUGUUUCGCUUGUUUGGGGACGUUCUUGAGGUUAACCUAGGUCAACAGUUGUACGGUCUUGCAUUUCGUCUUGGUUUACAUACUGACCCACAUGUGUCUAACUGUCUUAUUAGCAUGUUUUGUAGAUGUGAGGUAAAAGAACUUGCGUACUCGGUUUUUGAUUCCAUUCCUUCAAGAAACAUACAAAAUUGGAAUGAGAUGAUUCAUGGGUAUAACUUGAGCUCUGAUAUUAGAGCCCUAAAGCUUUUCACCAACUUGUGGGGUUCGACCAUUCAACCAGACGAAUGCACCUUUUCUUGUACCGUGGAAGCAUGUUUCAAGACUGAAAAUUUACAAGUAGGCAGACAAGUCCAUGGGAUUAUAGUGAAAUCUGGGUUCGCUUCAAAUGGAUACAUAUGCAGCUCAUUAGUGUAUGGUUAUGCUAAAUUUGGUUUCUUGGAUGAUUCGUAUGAGUUUUUUGACGAUAAAAUGGAUAUAGUCUGUUGGGGUGCUCUGAUUUCUGCUUUGGUGGAUCAAGGAAACACAUAUGCAGCCAUCAGGUAUUUUGGUUAUCUAAAAGAAGAUGGGCAAAGCGCCGACAAUUUCAUUUUGGGUAGCAUUUUGAAUGCGUGUGCUAGCAUUGCAUCUCUUAAUCUAACAAAAUAUGUGCACACGCACGUUUUCAAACUAGGGUUUGAUACAGAUGAAUUUGUCACUAGUGCAACCAUAGAUGCUUAUGGAAAAAGUGGGGAUAUCAAGAAUGCUACCCUUACUUUUAAUCAAGCAUACAGAUUCGCCGAUGUGACUCUCUUUAAUACAAUGAUAAUGGUAUAUGCCAACCAUGGUCAUGUUACAGAAGCCAUGGAAGUUUACAAGAUGAUGAAGUUAUCCAAUUUAAAGCCGAGCCAGUCAACAUUUGUGUCAGUUUUAUCAGCUUGUAGUCAUGCGGGCCUUGUUGAUCUUGGCCGCACAUUAUUCAGAUCAAUCACAUUAGAUUAUAAAAUGGAUCCGUCCCCAGAUAAUUAUGGUUGUUUGGUUGAUUUAUUAUCAAGAAACGGGUAUUUGCAAGAAGCCAAAGAUGUGAUUGAGGCGAUGCCUUUUCCAGCUUGGCCAGCCAUUUGGAGAUCGUUUCUGAACGGGUGUAGGAUACAUGGUGAGAAAGAUCUUGGCGAAAUGGGUGCGAAUAAGUUAUUUGGCAUGUUUCCGGAGAGCAAAGCAGCGGGUUAUGUAUUGUUGUCAAAGAUGUAUACUGAAGUUGGUAACUGGGAAGAUGGUUCAAAGGUGAGGAAGGAGAUGGUUGAUAAAGGUAUUAAGAAAGACUUGGGCUGUAGUUGGAUCAAUGCAUAG